AUGAAUGCACUAAAGUCGAUAUGUUUCUUCACAGGUCCUGACAAGACGCCAUAUAUAGAGAUCGAGUUUCGCGAUGCACCGAAAAAACGCAUCAAGCGCAACCUAUCGCUAAACUGUGAUGAAAAUGCGAACGAAACACGCUGUUGCCGCUAUCCGCUGACGGUGGACUUUGAGAAGUUCGGCUGGGACUGGAUAAUUGCCCCGAAGCGCUAUGAGGCCUCUUACUGCGCCGGCGAGUGCAUGAUGACGUUUCUGCCCAAGUACGAGCAUACGCACGUGAUGCAGUUGAGCACCUCGGCCAUACCGUGCUGUUCGCCGAAAAAGAUGCGACCGAUCAAGCUGCUUUACUUUGAUCUGAGUUACAACGUGAUCUACAGCACCAUACCGAACAUGGUAGUGGAAAAGUGCAGCUGUUCCUAAAUAGCGGAUUUAAUGGGUGGUGGUGGUAUAGUAGCUAGACAAACGGUAAGAGGUUCGGAUAAGGCAGUUCCCGAUAACAAAGUGCUUUUCAAAGUGGUGUGCGAUGGGUGAGAAGAAGAAUAAGUCCGCUGGGUGCUGGAGAUAGGAGAGAUGAGAGAGAUAAGAGCCAGUGAAACAAAUUGAGUGCCCGAAGGAGCCGAAGUUCACGGUCCGUCGACGUUUCGUUGACGAUCCUAUAGAAUUUUUGUAUGGACCGUUUGUACUGGAUCGUCAACGGUUUGUGAAAGGGCUCAAGGGCUGGACCGUCAAAAUUAAUUAUCUCGAACGUGCCCCUUGUCUCGCUCUUCUCUAUGUGCCCUCUCUCUUUCUUUCGUAUUCCCCUAUUUUCUUUCCUGUUGCCCAGUUUGUACCCAAAUUAAAGUGCGUCGGUUGCCCAUCGCGCUAUUGCGGUGGUGUUUAUUUUUCGCUUUUUUGUGUUCGCCUAUUCGCUCCCUCUACCGUUCGCCGUCCUGCUUUGGUGCUCACGUAUGGUGUGACGCCGGGAACGUUGUUUCUACGCCGAGAAAUGUUUUGCAUUGCAAUCCUAUGAAUCCUAUGGCGAAUCCUAUCCUAUGAAUUAUGUUACGGAGGAGACGAAUUCGAGUCGCUCGUAACUAAUUUUGACCAGCUUGAGUUAGAGAUCUGAAACGAGCAGAGUGAAAACUUUUCAACAUUAUUUGACUGUGUAGCAGGCAUUAGUUGCCCGAUCCCUAUGAUGCCGUCGAGAUUAUACGACGCUGUUGAUCAUCUCGCAAAGGUGUACCUUUCUUCAGUUCUCCCUGCCGUCCUGUUGUAUCUGCUGGUCGAUUGUUCGAGCGAUGGUCAGUUGGUGUUGGGUUGAAGCUGGCGCCUUCGAUCUCGAACAACGUUGCCGGUCGCGUUGGCGUACCCAACAACGUCCUUGGGUCCAAGGGCAGCGACGGAAUUGGUCCGUGGAGUAUUCGGAGCAACUGCCGAAGCUGCUCUUGACUGAUGUUGCUGUGAACCGCCCAAAUCCUUAGGGAUUCCCGCACAUCAUCUUGAACUAUGUUUUCUGGCACACUAACAGUUUCUUUGUCCGAACUCGGGCCAGCUUUCGGACUGUAGCAGGCAUUCUCACUUUUACUUUCAUCACGACGUUCUUCACCUUCAUUGUCAAGGGUAUCCUGCAACCGGGACACAUCAAUUGGAUGUGGACGGUUGCUAGGACCCGGUGCACUUUCACUGUUGUUGGUGUCUUGUUCGACGCCGAACAGUUUUUUUCGCAGUUCUUCCUUUUCCUUGAUCAUCCUGAGCCUUGCACUGCCGCUCUUACGGGUGUAUUGUUUCUUGGAUUUGGAUGAUUCCAUUAUCACCACACCACGAUAUGCAAACGAAGAUACACGAUUAAAAAAACACAGUUUGACGAUGGAAGCGAUAAAAACAAACUGAAGCCGCUUCUGUCAGCGAAAACACAAACGACGCGCAGAAUCGGUGUCGUGUCAUUUUUUCACUACCUGUCCGCGCCGUGUUAAACGCACACAUACGCAUGCUUCCCGGACUUAGAAAAUCUCCGACUUGCUCGACCUCGUUGUUUUUUUUUCUAUUCCUUUUCCUUUUCCUUCAGCCGUCCGUCUUCCACAUGCCCUCUACAGGUAAAUUUAAACCAACAAGCUGUCGCGAUUCCUCGUCCUCGCCUUAGGAGCUCGCGCACUCAAUUUUGUUCACUGGGGAAACAAAAACUCAAAGCGAUUGGAAUACAAAAAGGCCAUCCACCACACCACGGAGACCUAGAAUACUAUCGUAAGAAAAUGCCAUAAAGUAAAUCGGGACAUAGUUCAACAGAAAAUGAAGAGAGAGAUGCGACGAACAAACAAAAAUUAAUACCAUAUCGCAGCAACAUCUACGAAAAGUGUAUCACGGUUGGCGUGUGUCGGCAAUUCGAAAAACAAAGCGUACACUUCCUAAAGUGAUCCUGUACUUCGCUAAUAUUUGGAGCUUAAUGAAAUUUAGUUUAGAUCUCUAGCAAUUAACGAUUGAAUAAGCAAUUAUAACAAAUUAACAACUCUCCGUGUAUUCGGCGAACGGGUGAUAGUCAAAUUGAAUUUUAGAAUUUACAAAAUUAUUAUCGCUUUGGAGGGAGUGCGCGGCGCUAGAAAGUGUAUGCAAAUCGUACGAGGCAGCAGAUUAGUGAACAAAAAACAAAGUAGAACAAAGUCACAGGCAAAGGAAUAUCAAGUUGAAAAAGGUGAUUGAUAAUAAUUAUCAAGCGAAACAUAGACAAGAACCGUGUGCCGCGUGAGCCAAUUUGUGAUAAAGAAUAACAAAAAGUAUCACGAAAACAGGAAAAGCAUAAACAGAACCAGCAUAGAAUCGAAGCUCAAGAAAAAAAAACGUCCACGUCCUUUCUCAUAUAAUCGGGCAAGAAAACAACGAGUCACAACAAGUUGAACUGUUUCUGUAUGUCGCCCACAGAAGCACAGUUACGCUGUAAAACCGGACAGUAAAUUUAACGGGGUUGAUUUAUUCGAGUUGACUGCCGAUCCCAGCCGUGGGAUGGUGGGCAUACAGAAAUAAGCGUUUGAAGGAUUUUGUAGAUACAAUCACAAUCAGCCAUUUCCAAUGUAUUUCACUCUUGGAACACUCUUUUCUAGUUUUUUGUGUUUAGUGAACUUCGUUUUUCAGAUAAAUAGGCAAGCAUUGCACCAAAAAGAAAUUUACAAACAGGCGUUUUUGGUGUUAUCUGGGCAAAACUAUUUGUGACAAUACAAACUGUGGACAAAAACGCGAAUAAAAUACUGACAGAUACAGACGGCGGUUAUUUUCUUACACUUCAAAACAAUAGAUAUUGUUUAAGCCAACCAUAUUUGAUAACUUUUAUUGCAUGAAAUAAUAACGUAGCAUAUAAACAAAACAAAUAUCCAUGACCACCGACAA